UUAGAUUUUUUUCUUAUUACAAUUUAAAACAAAAGUUUAUUUUAUAAUUAAUAAAACCAGAAAGAAAAUAUAAAGAAUUAAAGCAAUUAAAGAACCAAGCACAAUAGAGGUAAAAUGAAGAGCUAAGGUGCUGUCUUUAAUUACUUAGUAAAGACCAAGGUUCUCCAACCCUGCUCCUGGAGAGCUUCCUUCCUGCAGACUUAAGUUCAAACCCUGUUUCAAUACACCUGUCUGUAAUUAAGUAGCCCUGAACACCUUGAUUAGCUGAUCCAGGUGUGUUGAAUUAGGGCUGAAGCUGAACUACAGUAUGGUAGUACUGCUAUGCUAGUAGCAGGGUUGGAGACCCCUGUUAAAGGCAUGUGUUGAUACAGAAUUUACUACAAAACUCAAAGUGCCCAAAAAGGCCAACAUAGGAAAAUUCGAUACUAUUCGUUUCGGCAUGCACUUCAGAAUCUAACAAGAACAAUCUUAUGAUUUUUGGUCAAAGUGGUCAGAAGUUAUAAGCAGAAAUGUCUUUUGACCAGUAGAUGGUGCUGUGCCGAAACUACUCAUGUGCCCUUAAGUCUUGCUUGUUAUAACGCAUACCAAGUUUGGUCAGAAUCCGUUAAAGCAUUGCGGAGAUAUAGCCUCAUGUCCUUUUCUGCACAAACUUCGUCAAAUUCGUUAGCGCGCUUUACGAAAAUAGUUGGGUAUAUCAAAACGCUUUUGAUAACUUUAUGCCAGAAUGCCCCAAGAAUGAUCUGAGACAAUUUUGGUGAAAAUUGAAGAUAAACUGUCAAGGACGAGUUUUAAAAAGUAGAUGUUUUGGAAAAUUCAACAUUGUGAAAAAUCUUGAACAUAGAAAUUAAAAAAUUCAAUUUCGCAUGAGAGACUCCAAAUUUGCUGUGGUUAAUGAUGAGACUGUCCUCUAUCCAUGUGCCAAAUUUCGUAACUUUCUUGCAAGCAAUUCUAUUAUAACAAUAGAAUUUGGUGUUGUUUCACUUGGCAUGCUACUCCGAAUCUAACAAAAUCACUCUUAUGAUUUUUCUUUUUGGUCAAACAGUUUAGAAAAUAUAAACAAAAAGGUCAAAUUUUUAUAUCUUUUGAUCAGUAGGUGGCACUGUGCUGAAACUACUAAUUUGCCCUCAGGUUAUGCUUGAUAAAACAUGUACAAAGUUUGGUCUGAAUCCGCUAAAGCGUAGCAAAGAUAUAGCCUUCUUUUUUUACACAAAUUUUGUCAAAUUCUUUAACAUGCUUUAUGAAAAUGGUUUGGUAUAUCAAAAAGAUUUGAUAACUUUUUUCCAGCAUUGUCUGAAGAUGAUCUGAGCCAAUUUUGGUGAAAUCAGACAAGCCGUCUAAGACGAGUUCGAAAAAGUAUUUCUUGAAAAAUUCAAAAUUGCGAAAACCUGGUUCAAAAGUUAUUAGAAGAAAUAUGAGUGCAAAUAUGGCCUAUAGGUGGCAGUUUGAGAUAGAGACUUCAAAUUUGCUGUGGUUAAUAUUGGGACUGUCCUCUAUCUGUGUGUCAAAUUUCAUAAGUUUCUCGCAAGCGGUUCUGUGGGCUGCUAUAGACUCCCAGAGCAGAAGAAGGAGACCAACAUAUACAAUUUAGUGCCUGGCCCGUAAUAAAGGCUAUAACAGUAUAAACUGAUGCAUACUUAUGCUCUUUCAUCAUGAUGCUAAGUCAGUUCACUAAAUCAUUUUUAGAAUUAUAAUGAAGCAGUCUUCCAUAUGGUUUUGACACAAAGCUAAAAAUUGCUAAUGUCUAAAAUUAAUAUAUAUUUUUUUUUUUACUAAUUUUCACUUUUUAAGGCUGACGUUUUCUUCACCUUCAUUUCUGUAUUUGAUAGCAGCAGUAAUGAAAUAAUGAGAAGUUUCAGUUUUACUUUGUUAACAGUUUUUGUUGUUGUUUAAUGCAUCAUCCAGCCCAGCAUGUGCUACAGCUUUACAAACCAAUUCCCAAAAGUAAUUCACUGCAUCUCCUCCACCCCAAAAAAUUCUGAGUCACAGAAUGUUGCAAUAGUUGUCGUAACACACACAUGUAGUCGCUCUGUGAAUAUUAUUGAGUCAAGUACAGUGAUAAAUUUGUUUUCUUAAUGACUGUAAUCAAAAGGUCUUGGUCCUCUGUUAUAUUUAUUACUGAAUACACACACUAUAGCUCUAUGCAGUUAUGUUUGUUUAUGGAGUGGGAUGGGCUCUUAGACAGUCGUCAAAUAGGAAGUGAGCCCAUUCACUCAUUGGUCUGGUUAAUAUUUAGUGAUGACAUCACAUCACACACAAGCCAUAUCUGAGCAGAUCCUAGUACAAAGACAGUGAGAGGAGUCUAACCGGUUGAGAAGAUCGACAGACGUCUUAUUGUGUCACUCCGUACAAGUGAGCGUGAAGAUUUCCUUUCAGCACCAGGCCUUGAAUUCAGCAGCGGCUUAGAAGAGAAGGUGGACCCAUCCGCCGGCUAACCAAUCGCAGGAAAGCAUCCCGCACGUGACGAGCAGGGAGGGCCGGUCUUUAAGCUUUGCAGCGGAAAACCACCGGGCCAGACGAACGGAGCGAGCGUGAGAGAAGGCUAAAGCCUGUCGUACGCACUAAUUCCUCUACAGUGAUCAUGUGUCAGGGGAGUCUGAAGCAGCAGAAGGGGCCGGUGCGGAGCGCUGCGGGGAAAUGGUGAGAUGCUGCAGGUCUUUGCACAGCUCUCCCUCUUGCUACAAUCUCCACAGAGUCAGGGUUGAUGUGCGGCGUUUCCGUCCGCCGGGCUCCUCAGCGGGAGCGACAGGGGAGCCCGCACACGGCGCCAACAACGCCGGCACGGGAGGCAUUGGAGCCCCUGGGGGCCUGUCUCAGCUCAGCAACCGGAGCCGAUUCAGGUUGCAGUUCCCACAACUGGCCCUGCGGCGGCGACUAGGCCAGCUGAGCUGCAUGUCACGGCCUGCUGUCCGCCUUCGCUCAUGGCCUCUGUCCUUCCUCUACUACAUCCUGCCCUUUGGAGCGCUCAAACCUCUCGCCAAAGUAGGCUGGAGGCCCACAAGCAGAGUUACAAUCUACAAGUCCAUACCCACAAGACUCCUCUCCAGAGCCUGGGGUCGCUUGAACCAGGUGGACCUGCCAACAUGGUUACGAAAACCUAUCUUCAGAUUGUAUAUAUGGACAUUUGGAGUCAACAUGAAGGAAGCGGCUGUAGAGGAUCUACAGCACUACAGAAACCUGGGCGAGUUUUUUAGGCGCAAACUCAAACCGCAGGUCCGGCCAGUGUGCGACUCGCACUGCGUGAUCAGUCCAGCUGAUGGCAAGAUCCUUCAUUUUGGUCGUGUGAAGAACUGUGAGGUCGAGCAGGUGAAGGGAGUGACCUACUCUCUGGAAACAUUCCUCGGGCCGCGCAACUGGACCGAGAAUUUACCUGCUAACAGAAAUGAGGCCGAUCCUGGCACGUACCAGGAUGCCCUGGUCACUAAAGAGGGGAACGAGUUGUUUCACUGUGUAGUUUAUCUGGCUCCAGGCGACUACCACUGCUUCCACUCGCCUACAGACUGGAGAGUGGCACACAGACGCCACUUCCCAGGUUCUCUGAUGUCAGUAAACCCAGGAGUUGCACGCUGGAUCAAGGAACUUUUCUGCCAUAAUGAGCGGGUGGUCUUGAGUGGGGAGUGGACACAUGGUUUCUUUUCACUCACAGCUGUGGGAGCGACAAACGUGGGAUCUAUACGCAUCUAUUUUGACAAGGAGCUCCGCACCAACAACCCUCGAUACAACAAAGGAACGUUCAACGACUUCAGCUACGUAACGAACAACAACCGAGAAGGCGUGAGCAUGAGAAAAGGAGAGCACCUUGGCGAGUUCAACUUGGGCUCCACUAUUGUACUGUUAUUUGAAGCUCCACGGGAUUUUACCUUUAAUUUGAAAGCAGGCCAGAAGAUCCGUUUUGGAGAACCUCUCGGGACAAUGUAACGCAGACGAGAGGGGAACGGAAUCUGAUGAUGGACACGCGAAACUGUGUGCAGAUGCAUUCAGGGUCUCAAAAACUAAUACACUCACAUUUGCAGAGAUGUACUCUGUUUAAACUGAGAUACAUGUGUUUUCAUAUGUACUCACUCAAACACCACUGUUGCAUUAUUGCCAUUGGGUUCUCCCAGUUGUUUUGUUAGGGUUCAUAGGGGUUUUUUUUGUUGUUGUGAAGCAAGCGAAGCUUAGACCAUCAUGUCGUAAAGUAUUUGUUUACCAUGAAAUGCCAUCCAGCUUUUUUGGCUCUAAAUUAUUUUUCUAUUUUGUUUUAGUUAAACGGUUGUUUUGUUUUUGUGUUCGCCCAUAUUGCCUUUUGCUGGAGUCAACCUGCGUGAAGAGUUCAGGAUUUCCACAGCUUACUGUGCAAGCAUUGGGGAUGUAUGAGAGACCAUCACUAUUUGGUACCUUCAUAUUUCACAACGCUUAUCUUUAAAACCGUUCUCUCCGUCCAACUUUUGCUCUUCACGAAGGUGCAAGCCAUUUUGACAGUAAAAUCGUGGACACAUUUAAGAAAGUGUUUUGGAAAAGACAGGCGACAAUUAUCACUGCCGUUGUUCUCUGGCGUUGAAUUAUGCCUUUGCUUGUUGGUCUAGCAGUUAGUUGGAAGAUAAAUGUUAAGUAUUAUACUGUCUCAACUUGAUUAGUGCCAAAAUGCAAGAUAUAUUUUUACUAACACACCUUUUUUGCCCUUUUGAUAUGAAUCGAGUUCUUGUGAUCUUAUGGUUUGAUUUUCGUUCUUGAUUUUUUUUUUUUUUUUGAUUAACCAGCAUCUGAGAAGUUCAGUAGGCAAGUUCUACACCCUGAGCGAAGGAUAAAGACCCUCCGGACUCCCCCUAAUCUGGACCACACAUGUGUAUGAAGAUUAGGGGAAGGAAUCUGGAAAUUUUGCUUUGAAUGUGUUGAAAACACUGGGCUUUUAUGUGCACUGGGCCACCCUUUUGGAGAAAACUCUUGUUAAUUCAAUUCAUGUAACAUAGACAUUAACUAGUUCAGAGUGCAAGAAACAUGUCAUUAAUAAAUUUUGAAGGUUAUUUAAAAUGUGUUGCAUAAAAUUGUGAUAUUUGUAUUAUCAUUUGAUUACAUCAUCGUAAUGUUUUUCCUACAAUGCUUUGUCAUAAGGUUUGCAAUUACAGACUUUUUUUCCCCAUUUACACUACACUACCAGUCAAAAGUUUUUGAACAGUAAGAUUUUUAUUUUUAUUUUUUUUAAGUACUAGUAGUCGUCGUCUCUUCUGCUCACCAAGCCUGCAUUUAUUUGAUCCAAAUAUUUUUACUAUUUAAAAUAACUGUUUUCUCUGAAUAUAUUUCAAAAUGUAAUUUAUUCCUGUGAUUUGAAAGCUAAAUUUUUAGCAUUACUCCAGUCACAUGAUCCUUCGGAAAUCAUUCUAAUAUGCUGAUUUGCUGCUCAAAAAUUAUAUUAUGGUAUCACUUUACAAUAAGGUUCAUUAGUUAACUACAUUAUUUAAUAUGAACAAAGAAUGAACAAUACUUUUUAAUAUUUAUUAAUCUUAGUUAAUAUUAAUUUCAGCAUUUACUAAUGCAUUAUUAAUGUUAACAUUAGUUAAUGCACUGUGAACAAACAUGAACAAACGCUUGUAUUUUUAACUAACACUAACAAAUAGUUACAAUAUUAAUAAAUCGUGUAAUGUAUUGAUCGUUGUUUGUUUGUGUUAAUUAAUAUAUUAACUAAUGUUAACAAAUGACACCUUAUUGUCAUCUUAAGUGUUACCUUUAUAAUGUUGAAAACAGCUGAGUAGAAUUGUUUCAAAAUAAAAUAAAAGUAUUAAUUUCUAUAAUUUUUUUUCCCAAAAAAAAAAAAAAAUUAUA